AUGGUCGCUCGUCCUCGUCAGGAAGCAGAACAUCAGAAUGACCAGGUGCCGAGUCUGAGAGCGAAAGUAGAAGACAUCGUGCACAGGGCUUUCUGGGACGAGGCCCUGGAGGCAUUGUCCAACCCCACUGCAUCCUCUCAGGUCCACCGACUGCAAGCACUGUACAAGGAUCUUUACGAUGCCCUGAAAUACAUUCUACCCUCUAAUCAUCCAGUCCUAGCUACACUGGGAUCACCCCUGUCCCCUACUUCAUCCCCUCUGCUGUCGGCGAUCACACAUCUCCGCGAAGUCGUGACCGCCCUUCGAGAACGCUGCGCUCCUGCGCGGGACCAGUACAUUGACGAGCUGCUCCAUCGGCUAGAUGAUGCAAAUCCAAGAUUGCCUGUCGGGGAGUUAGCAAACAUAGUGGUGGAAGUAGUGAAAUCUAUCCUUAAAUUCACGGAGGUCAUGAAGGAUGAUCUCGCACAGUUUGUGCUCGGGACGAUGGGUGAGAAACAACUGAGAGCCGCAAUUAGAGAAGAAGCCAGACGGGGCGAACGCCAACUGGUGAUAGAGAUAUGGGGAGAGCAGCGGACGCAGGAACUUUGGAUACAGUGGGUCUCUGCAUUCAACGGGACUUACCUAACCACUGGUGUGGAACUGGGUCGUCACAUAUGGAUUCCGCGACUUGUCGAAGCAUUGGGCUCCGUCAUAGCCGUAUCCUCUCCUGAGUUGCCUAUCAAUGAUGGUGCGUCAGAAGGGCAAAACGAUAAUGUCCUGCCUCCACCUCUGUUUGUUUCUGGCCCUUCUCUGUUAUAUGUGCAGAAUUAUCUCCAAGCACUUGUGAUAGCGGCAGCCCUGCGGUCACUCACACGUCUCCCGCCAUCAGGACCGGCGACCGAGAAUACAUCCUUCAUGGACCGUGUAUGGGCGCUUCUGAAAGCUGAGAUAGACGGGGAACCCGGAUCAGGUGGAACGAAGCUCAUAAACCUUGCCGAUGAAGUCGUGCGGGCGAGGAAGUCUCUUGGAGAACCGCUGGAUGCCGCUGAGGAAGAAAAGCUGCGCGCGGCCGUCAAACGAACAUUGCAGAUCGAUGACCCGGUUUACGUCCUGCUGCAGAAGCGGUUGCUGAGCGUCAUCACGACUCGUUUGGUGCAAUCUGCCCAGCGCAAACAGCAGCCUAUGGCUCCUGCACAUCUCCAAAGCGGACGGGAGAGACCCGGGAAGAGACCAAGGCUGGUCAUAGACGACGAGCCGGAAGAAUCGCGAGAGAGGACGCCCGAGGGCGAGGUGAUAGUCAAAGGAUUUGAAGACCCAGUACUAGUGCGAGCCAUAGGGGAAGCAGUGGGGCGCCUCCGGUCGAAGGUCGAAUGGACGAGAGAAGUUUGGCACGACUUGACCGAUGGAGAGUCAGUCGCAGGCACGCAGACAUACCAAGGAACAUAA